AUGUGCAAUAACCGGCGAAUCCGGUACAAGAGGCAGUGGGAUGUAGACUCGUUCUUUAACUCUGGAUUUCGUGUCUGGAAAGUCCUAAAUCCCGAUGUCUACAGACGUUCCUGGGUAGAUGCUUACGAAAAAGCUUUGGAACCGUUUACGAAGAAGAAAGGUAUUGAUUGGGAAUUACAGAUGACUAACGAAGACCCUUUACUGUGGAACGCGAAUGGAAUGCGUGUACCGCCGUUCCUCUCCGAAGACUACAUGAAAUGGAAGGAGCUGAACAGGGCGGUAGACUGGGAAAGUCCUGCUGACGCGUUGAAGUCGAACCAAUAG